CGUAGAAAAAGAAGAGGAAAUGGAAAAUGGCUAUAAAUAAGGCCACUCAAUAUAAAUUUCUACCUCCUAUAUGCACCUCCCUGUCUUUUACAGAGAGAAUAGCACCACCACCUCCCCAUAUUCUGAUAUUCUCCCUCCAACGUGCUGCACCUGCAGUCCUGCACUCCCACCAAUCUCUUCUAAGCUCUGAUGGAAAGGGAAGAGGUGGAGGACACAGGAGAUAUAGGUGGAGAGAAGGAAGCUGUACUAUCAGCACCUUUAUCUCUAGAUGACGAACAAGAUACAAAUAAUAACAAGUACAGAGCUCCGAAUCUUGUUAAGCGUAUUCUCAGUCUCUUCACCAAUAUCCGUCCGGGUUCCGAUCUCACCCGUUUACAGCUUCCGCCACUUUUCAAUAUUCCAAAGUCGCAACUGCAGUGUUAUGGAGAAUUAGUUUACAGCAACAACAAUCAUCUGCUGAGCAAGUGUGGCGCCAGCAGCAUUAGUGCAUUAGAAAGGUUUGUUUGUGUUGUGGCCUGGAGCAUCUCUGCUGUUCGCCCUCUUGCUUUCGGUGUCACCCCCUAUAACCCCAUUCUUGGCGAGACUCAUCACGUCUCCACUGCCAAUCUCAAUGUCCUCUUGGAACAGGUUUCUCAUCAUCCGCCCGUCUCAGCUCUUCACGCAACAGACCAAAUGCAAAAUAUUGAAACUAUAUGGUGUCACUAUGUCAUUCCUACAUUUCAUGGUACUUGCAUAGAAGGCAAGGUGCUCGGAAGCAAAGUGCUAAAGCUCCUAAACCACAGUGAAACUUAUGUAAUGAACUCUCCCAAUCUUGUGAUGAGAUUAUUUCCUGUGCAAGGGGUUGAGUGCCUCGGCAAUGUUAUGAUUCGGUGUGAAGAAACUGGUCUUGAAGCAAACUUAAUGUAUAAGGGCAGCGCUGUUUUUGGUCGUCGAUCAUCUACUCACAGGGCUAUUCAGGGAAGAAUCUACAAGUCAUCAUCCACGAAGACUCUGUACGAAAUUGCAGGCCACUGGGACAAGACGGUCACAGCUAAAGAUCCUAUGAGUGGUAAGCUCCGAAUUAUAUACAACGCGAAGGAAGCCAUUGGUGGACUAAAGACACCUGUAGUUAGGAAUCCCAAGGGAUUGUGGGCAAGUGAAUCAGCAGUGGUGUGGGGUGAGGUUAACAAGGGAAUACUGAGCAAGAGCUGGGAUAAGGCAAGAGAGGCUAAAUGUUUGAUAGAGGAAAAGGAGAGGGAACUUGUCAAACUCAGAGCCUCGUCGGCCAAGCCCUGGCGCCCCAAGCAUUUCAAUCUUUCCUACUCCAACGAGACUGGCAGCUGGGACUGCUCACCAAUCCAGAGGUGGGUCCCCCCGGCCCCCAUUGCUGUACCCCCUUAAUUUCAUGCUCUACCUACACGUAUUUAUGCAUGUCAGACUGUCAGUUCUACUCGAUGCCACUGCUUGACUAGUGAAAAAACCCAGUGUCACUUGCAGCUCCCUGUACGAAUUCAAUGCUUUACCAAAUUCAUUGAUUGUAGGAGUCAUUCAUAGCUACUCAACCAACACAUGAGAUUGCUUUGUUAGAGUACUUUGGUUGUUUAACAAGGAUCGUCGUGUCAUUUUAGAUGAAAAAAGCUGCUUAAAUUACAUGAAAGACCUUCAUCU